AUGAACAAGAAGAAAAAUGAAGAAAAUUAUUUUAAGGUUGGGGAAGAAUCUCUUUCAUCUAAUUGUGAUUGCACAAAUUGCAAAUAUGAAGAACUAAAUAAUAUGUUAGAAGAUAUAAAGAAAACUUUUAAUUUUUUGUAUGAUGAAAAAAAGGGAAUAAGAAGAACAGAAAAGUGUGAUUCUUUAAAAACAAAGGAUGAUGAUGAGAAUAUUAAGAAAAAUGAACUUUAUGAUGAUAGUAAUAAAAAGGAUAUAUGUAAUAUAUAUGAGAAAAUUAAUAAUUCUUAUGUAAAUUCAAAAGAAUCAUUUUCAAUAUCAAAUACAAAUUCAAGUAUGUCAUCAGAAGGUAGCAAUGUAAGUAGUAAUUAUGAUGAACUAAUAGACGAUAUAUUAUUAAGUGAUGUAUCAUCUCUUAGUAACAAUGAUAAAGAAGAUAUUAUAAACAUUGAUAAUUUAAGAUGUGACAAGAAUUUUUUAUAUUUAAUAGAUGAAAAAAAAAUGCGAAAAGAUAAGAAUAAUAUAUAUUAUAAUUGUAUAAGUAUUUUUUCUUUAAAUACUUAUUUAUAUAAUGAUAUAUUUAGAUAUAAUCCUCAUUUAUUUGGAUUAUAUGAAAAUUGUCGAAAUAAUGAGAAUAGGUGUAAAAAGAUUGGAACUUUAUGUACUCAAUAUAAUUUAAUAUUUUUAAGAUCUGUUUAUGGAAAAUAUCAAAAAUAUUUAUUUGAUAAAUUAAAAUAUACUCAUACCAUAAUGUUAGAUAAUAUUCCCUGGUGUAAUAAUUUAUUAAAUGAAAUAUAUUAUAGUGCUCUAAAUUAUUUUUAUGGAAAUGGUGGUUUAUAUAUAUGUUGGAGCAAAAUUUUAUUUCGUUUGUGUUACUAUGAUUUUAUGUUUUUAUCAUCUGAUAUUAUAUUUAAGAGGAAAGUUAUAAAAUUUAUAAAAUUAAUUUAUGAUAAUAAAUAUCAUUUAUAUUUUUUCUCACUUGAAUUUGAUUUAUAUAGUACUCAAAAUAAAAUAAGUAACAUAAAAGAUUUAGUGUUUUUUAUGAAAAAAAUAUUUUGGAAAAUAUAUAUAUUUUUUUUAUUUUAUAAAAAUCGGAGAUUUUUAAAAAGAAGAAAAGAAAAUACCAAAGGGUGUAUAAAACAUAAAAAUGGAAAUAUAAAAAGUGAAGAAGAAAUAAUAAACGACAAACAUAAUUAUAUAAAUUGUAAUAAUAAUAUAUAUAGUAAUAAUAACUUUUAUCAUAAUCAUAUAUUAAAUGAGGAAAAAAAAAAAAUAUCUACUAUGAUUUUCAAAAAUAGUUCCAUAUUUAUUAUUGGUAGUUUUAAUAUUGAUAUAAAUGAUAACAAAGAAUUAUAUGAAAAGUUAAUAACUUUAAAUCAUCAUGGAGAAAUGAAAGACAUGUUUUUUUAUAAAAAUAUUCAUUACAAAUUACAAAGAACAUAUAAUAUUGUAGAUCUCAAAAAUAAUACUUUAGUUAAUGGAUUGAAUUAUUGUUAUGGUUUAACGGAUAAUAUAUUUCUGGUCAAAUCAUUUUUUCUAAACGAAAAAGAUAUAUAUGAAUUAAUGUCUUUAUAUAACCCUAUAGAUAUAAUCAUUGAAAAAUUUAAUAAUUUCAAAAAAAAAAAAAAAUCUAUAGAUAAUUAUAUGAUUGAUAAUAUAUUUAAACUUAUAAAUAAAAAUGGCAUAUACUUUAAAUUUCAAGAAGUAUAUAAUUAUGGUGUAGAUAUAUUAACACAGAAAAAAGGAAAAGAAUUUAGUGACCAUUGGAUAUUGUCGGCUCGAUUUGAUAUUAAAAAUAAAAAUAGAAAUAUCAAUUUAAAAAUAGAAAACAAGUUAUUUAACUUUCUAUAUAAUGUCAAUAAAUAUUUUUUGAUAAACAAAAAAUCUUAUCAUAAAUUCUGUCAAGUCAAAUAUGUCAAAAAAAGGAAAAGCCAAAAAAGUAAUCAUAAAAAGGUAAUUAUGAAUAAUAUCAAUCAUAUGCCUAUACAAAUGGAAAAAUAUGACUAUUCAAGAAAAAUAUGUAUAAUAACGGAUGAAAAUAUUAAUAGUAUUAAUCAAGUGGAAACAAAUUUAUAUCAUAUAUUAUUAAAGUGUUUUGAAGAGGAAUGUAAUAUAUAUUAA